AUGCUCUUACUUCCAGCCCUGAUAAGGGCUGGAAUUUCGGCAGGCGAACCCUGUCCUUGUGGCACUUGGGUGACGCCGGCCUUCCACUUCACCUCGAGCCACCUCGAUUGUCAAAUACUUACGCACGUUCAAGAGGAUGUGAAAGUAGACCAAGUUUGCCAGGCCCUUGAGGUCGUCCGGCUCGGCCAUGCUUCCGAGGCGACAGAAACUUCGUCUGCAUCAAAAAUACUUGUGCCCUCUGCCGCAUCCUCCCCUCCUUUGUAUCCGAGUUCUGCUGAGAGCGCACCGGAAACUUCAGGAACCUCUGACCCCUUGAGCCCAUUGCUUGAGGUGGCUGCAAUUAAUGUGCCUUUGCCCACCGACCCGAGUGUGGCAGACACGUAG